GCCAUGCGUCCCGGCAUCAAACUGUUCGUGGGCAAUGUCCCCGAGGAGGCGACGGCGGAAGAACUGAGCGAACUGUUUUCCGGGGCCGCCGGCCCGGUGCUCGGCAUCGCCUUGAUGAAACAGUUCGCUUUCGUUCACCUCCGGGACGAAGCGGCGGCGGCCCGCGCCAUCACGCAGCUCAACGGCCAUCAGCUGCACGGCCGCCGCAUCGUGGUGGAGCCGUCCCGGCCGCGGCCCACCAACACCUGCAAGAUUUUUGUCGGCAACGUCUCGGCCGCCUGCACCAGCGGCGAGCUGCGGUCGCUGUUCCAGCAAUACGGCACCGUCGUGGAGUGCGAUGUGGUCAAAGACUAUGCAUUUGUUCACAUGGAGAACGAAGCAGAUGCAAAAGUUGCCAUCGAAAAUCUUAAUGGGAAGGAGGUGAAAGGAAGAAGAGUCACUGUGGAGCUCUCGACCAAUGUGCAGAAAAAGGGAGCGGGUCUGGCGGUGCCGGCCGGCGUCGUGGUGGACAAGAACAAGCGGAUAGGCCUGGAGUACAGGGAGAAGUUCCAGCCCAAGAUUGAGGGCUUCGAGCAGCGCCGGCUCGCGGACUCCACCCUUCCCCUCGGCCGCCGCCGGCUACGCUGCCGCCUCCUCCUCCUCCCUGUACGAUUACCAGCAGCGCUUCGGCACGGCCGCCAAGUACGACGGCUUUGACGCGCAGCCCCGGCCCUCGUCCCCCACCUACUUCGGCCGGGACCGCAGCCCCCUGCGGCGCUCCCCGAGCCGCGCCGGCUACUCGGCGGCCACGCUCCCGGUGACGGCGCAACCGGCCGCUUACCGUGCCCAGCCCUCGGCCCUCGCUGGGGGCCGCCUACCGCGCGCAGCCCCUCGGCCUCUCUGGGCGUGGCGUACCGCCCGCAGCCCACUACCGGCCAGGCCGCCGCCUACCGCGCGCAGCCCCUCGGCCUCGCUGGGCGCCGCCUACCGCUCGCAGGCCGCCGUCUCCCUGGGCGCCUCGCAGCCCGCCGCCGGCUCCCUCGCCUCCUACGGUGCCCAGCCCGCCGCCGCCUCCUACGGCGCGCAGCCCGCCGCCUCCCAGCUCUCCGGCUACGGGCCCUGCAGUCCUCGGCCCUCGCCUCCUCGUACGGGGCGCAGGCUGCCACUGGCUACUCCGCCGCCUAUGGUGCCCAGGCCGCCGCCGCCGCCGCCUACGGUGUGCAGGCUG